UGUAUGGCGCUGUCAGUCACUCCUCUUCCGGUCACUCUUCACUUACGUGGCUGUUCUUGCUCUUCUUCCGGUCGGAGACGGAUUCAUCCUUUACCUGUCACACGAUGGAGUUGGAAGCCAUGACGAGAUACACCAGCCCGGUGAACCCGGCCGUGUUCCCCCACCUCACCAUCGUGCUGCUGGCCAUCGGCAUGUUCUUCACUGCCUGGUUCUUUGUAUAUGAAGUAACGUCCACGAAGUACACGAGAGACGUGUACAAAGAGCUGCUGAUUUCUCUGGUGGCGUCGCUCUUCAUGGGCUUCGGCGUCCUCUUCCUCUUACUCUGGGUCGGCAUUUUUGUCUGAAAGUUGUGGAAAUGUACAUGUUAAGGAAAACAUUCCAAGUUAAUCGGAAAGUUUUUUUCCGGGACUUCCAG